GAAUCAAAUAAAAAACAAGUUUGGUUUGAUUUGAUCUCAUUCCAAUUUAUUGUUGGUCCACUUUUUCUUUACUUUUAAGUUAAUUUAUAAAAGCGAAGCCAUCUCGAAAUACAUUUAGUUCCAUUCAAUUGUAUCAAAAUACGAAAAGAAUCAUUGUCCAUCCUAGCAUUUAUUUACAUGCAAUAUUUAUAUUAUUCCACAAUUGUGUCAGACAUUCAAACAAGGAUACUUGUAUUAAUGCACAUAAACUAUUUUUCACAUGAUAUCAUUUAAGAAUCAAUUAUUUUAUGUGGAAAUAUUAUAAUUUCAAUUAACCAUUCACGGUGGUCUUAUUUAUGGUUAGAUCAAAGUUACAUUAAACUUGGGCAUCCUAAGCAAAGCACUUUGGUGCUUCUCAAGAACAAACAUUUUUUGUACAGACCAUCAAAAGCUGCUACAAACAACAACAAGAAAAGAAGAAAACUCUAUCUACUGCAAGUGUACGUAUAAGCUAUUUACCUCCCCAAACACAAAGCAUCCAAGCUAUUAGAUAUUCAUGAUCAUUUUGGCUUGACUUACGGUUCUCUUCAAUUCAAACACCAACAGAAUUUGACUAUUGGCAGUUGCAUCACCAUACAUUUUGGAACAAUGUUCCCUCCAUACCAAGCUAAUAGCAACACACCACACUACUCUGCUCACCAAUGCAGCAGUAGAACUACAACUCCACUUGCUAGCACACCACUCCAACCCCCAAAUCAGGUGGUCUGUGAUUCUUCAAUGCACCAUGCACCAUGUAUUGAUUACAAGGACACCCCACAAACAAAUAAUAACGACUCUCCAUUCCACCAGGCCAUAAAAAACACAAACCACUUGCUGGCGAGGUACAAUAUUAUUACUCCGGACUAGAGAAUACCACUUCACUUCUGCAUUGUGCGGUUGAAGAUAUUCCUUGACUCUUUUAACUAAGUACCACUGCAUUUCUAUCCCAUCUCGUUUGAGGGACAACCCUACUUCUGAAGGCAACAUCUCUCCAUAUUAAAAUACACUUGCAUAUCCUUGAGUCUACUGUCGUUGACUUAAUAUCCCAUAUAUAGCAGAGUUCAAGACGAUAGCAAAGCAUCCAAGAUACCCAUAGAGAUAGUGGCGGAGCCACUUAAGGCCAAGGUGGGUCAUUUGAACCACCUGAGACUAAAAGUUACAAAGUAAAUUAUUAUGCAUGAUUGUAGAUUGAAUACAAAAUAUCCAUAUUAUUGUAGGUAGUUUUAUGAAAAAGUAAUGUUUUUGUGAUCUACAUUUAACUUUUAAUUCAUAUUUUAUGUAAAAUUAGUUUAAUAUAAACAAAAGCUCGAAACUUAGGGGUGGUUGUUGGUAUAAGUUGUUAUUGCAAGUGUUGAAAGAGCACUUAGUGCAAUCAACAAAGUGAAGAAACACUUCAAAAUAAGAUGAGUUCUGAAAUCAUGAAUGAUUUUUCGUUGUGGUAAUGAUUGUAUUUUAGAAAAUUUUGCAUAAUUAAUGUAUUUUAGAAUUUUUUAUAAUGAAUGUAUUUUAGAAAAUUCUUAGAACAUGAACAUAUCCUGGAACUUACAUUAUAUAUAUAUAUUUUUCACGUUUGACCUACCUUAAAUAAAUUUUCGGCUACGCCACUAUAUAGAGAUCUGCCUUUUGCUAGGAUUUCCCAGAGAUGACAAACUACAAAGGCCUUGUUGAAUACCUAAUAUUCCUUCUUUUUUUGGCCUCGCAAUAAACUGUCAGGAUGCAACAGCUCGGGUUCUCAUAUUCAUUUCAUUGAUAUCCCACAGGAACGUAUUACAGAUCAUAUCUACUUCUUUGAUAAAAAAUUGAGGCAUCAAAAAAAGGUUUAUCCAAUAUUGUAACACACCCAUAUGCACAGAAGAGACUAGCUACAACUUGCCUGCAAAACUCAAUGUUUUCACCUUCCAACUACAAUCCUUUGCGUGAUUUUGUCUAUCUAGACAUGCCAAUCCGCCCUUGUAAGCUUUCAAGUAUCAAUGUUACACCAAGGUACCUAACAUGGAGGUAGCCUAUUGCAAACUUUGAGUAAUAUGAGAUUGAUUGAAAAACAACCUAAACAUUAGUAGGGUUGCAUUUUAAGCCUGAAAUUGCAUAAAAGAAUCAUGCAACCUAAACAUUAUAGCAACUCCACGUAAAGAACCAUUAGAAAACACAAGCAAGUCAUUUGAAAAACAUUAAUGAGUAAUGUCCAACGCAUUAAACAUGGGAUGGAAAGGAAUUUGAUUUUAUAUCACUACCUUCUUCAUCAUUGCAUCAAAUACCUCCACAACCACAGUGAAUAAAUAGAGGGACAUGAG